UUUAGUCACACUGUUAAGUCGGGUAGAGUUGUCCCUCUUUACGCUUUUCAAUCAUUUCAAAUAUAUAUCAUAUUUCAUGACAACAAACACUAAAAUAAACCAACUUGGAAAGCAACUAGAACAAUUAGCUUUUGAAGCACGAGAAUUAUAUCUAGACAAGACUGUUCGAGUACUCACUAAAGCACCAACACCACUUGUAUUUUAUCGGGAAUAUGUCGCACCAAACAAACCGGUCCUCAUUCAAGGUGCCAUAGACCACUGGCCAGCAAUAUCUAGAUGGAAUCAUGACUAUCUGAGGAAUAUUAUUGGUGAUCUGGAAGUGACAGUAGCUGUAACACCCAAUGGCUAUGCUGAUGCUGUAACUGAUGGCAAGUUUGUCAUGCCACAUGAAAAGAUGAUGAAGGUUAAAGACUUUUUAAAGGUCAUAGAAAAUCCUGAUGAAUACACAGACGUUUACUACAUACAGAAACAGAAUUCUAACCUAACUGAUGAAUUUGCUACAUUAUUGAAGGAUGUUGAUAGCGGUAUAUCAUGGGGAACUGAAGCAUUCGGAAAAGAACCAGAUGCUGUUAACUUUUGGAUGGGGGACAGCAGGGCAGUCACUUCCAUACACAAGGACCAUUAUGAGAAUCUUUACUGUGUUGUAAAAGGAUGGAAGAAGUUUAUCUUGAUACCACCGACUGAUCAACCAUUUGUUCCUUAUGAAUUGUAUGAUCCUGCAGUGUAUGUACAGAAUGACGAUGGUUCAUUUACUAUUAAGCCAACAGAUUCUAGUGACAAGGUUCCUUGGAUAGCCAUUGACCCAUUAAAUCCAGAUCUAGCGUUGUAUCCAGAAUAUCAAAAAGCCAGUCCAAUAGAAGUUACUGUUAAUGAAGGAGAAAUGUUAUAUUUGCCCUCAUUAUGGUUCCAUCAUGUACAACAGUCACAUGGUUGUGUGGCAGUUAACUAUUGGUAUGAUAUGGAGUUUGAUAUAAAAUACAACUAUUAUAACUUUGUGAAGAAUGUGACCGAGAUACUCAAGUGAUAGAUAAUGUAUGCUAUGUUGUAAUAACAUUUGAAAUGCAGCAAUCAUCAGUUUACCUGUUCAUGUGUAAAUCGGCUUAAUAGAAAAUGUCGUGUGAAUGAUGAAUGAAGGUGCACUCAUCACUUCUUAAAAAUUAAAUGUGUAAUAUAGGAUUCAUAACAAGUGACAAUUAGAUAAUGCUUAAUAUCAA